UUGUUUACAUUUAAUUAGCAUUAACAUAUUUACGGAAAUUAGAAGUUUAAUUAACUUAAUUUAAACUAAAAUGCUACAAAGAUUUAUAAAUAAAAGCUUAAUUACACGACAAAGCUAUGGACUACUAACUAAACUGAGAUUUAAUUUAAAUCAUCGUCAUUUUACAAGUGGCACUACUGGACCCCGAAUCUGCAUUGUAGGAGCUGGACCAGCAGGUUUCUAUGCGGCACAGUAUAUUUUAAAGACCCUGCAGGAUUGUAAAGUAGAUGUAAUAGAAAAGUUGCCAGUACCCUUCGGUUUAGUGCGCUUUGGUGUUGCCCCUGACCAUCCCGAGGUGAAAAAUGUCAUUAAUACAUUUACAAAAACUGCUGAGAAUUCCCGCUUUAAUUUUUACGGCAAUGUUACACUGGGUAGAGAUGUUACCUUACAACAGUUGAGGGAUAACUAUCAUGCGGUUCUACUCACCUAUGGUGCUGAUCAAGAUCGUGAAUUGGGUUUAGAAAAUGAAACCGAGUCGAAUGUUUUGUCUGCUAGAAAUUUUGUGGCCUGGUAUAAUGGCUUACCUGGAGCUGAGAAUCUUAAUCCAAAUUUAACUGGGAAAUCUGUAACGAUAGUUGGUCAAGGUAAUGUGGCUGUAGAUGUGGCAAGAAUGCUCCUGAGUUCAAUAGACGAUUUAAAGAAAACCGAUAUAACAUCCUACGCUUUGGAAACGUUAGUCACCAGCAAAGUUGAACAAGUGUAUUUAGUUGGUCGACGGGGACCUUUACAGGUGGCAUUUACCAUCAAAGAACUAAGAGAAAUGUUAAAAUUGCCAAAUGUUACCACACAAUGGAGAGCACAAGAUUUUGAAGGCGUGGCCGAAGUUGUAGACAAAUUGGCCAGACCUCGUAAACGUUUAACAGAAUUGAUGCUUAAAAGCUUAAAUGAACAAUCUGUGGCACAGCCACAGAAUAAAAAACAAUUUUUACCAAUUUUCAUGCGAUCACCAAAACAAUUAAAAGACAAUCAACUUAUUUUUACUGUAAACAAAAUGCAGCAGGACAAAGCAAUAUCUACCGAAAAAGAAGAAUCCAUACCAGCUGACUUAAUUUUAAGAAGUAUUGGCUACAAAUCCUCAUGUGCUGAUAAUGGAAUAUGUUUUGAUAACCAAACUGGACGAGUUUUUAAUGAGCAUGGAAGAGUUCUAAAGUCUUUAAAUGAUACAACAGUAGAUAAAGGUUUAUAUGUUGCUGGUUGGUUGGGCACUGGUCCCACUGGUGUCAUAUUAACCACAAUGAAUGGUGCUUUUGGUGUAGCUAAAACCAUAUGUGAUGAUGUUUUAGCUAAAAAUAUUAAAACAGAUGAUCAGAAACUGGGUUUGCAGGAUAUGUUAAAAAGUCAUGCGGUAGUGACUUGGCAAGGCUGGAAAAAAAUUGACGAAGAAGAAAGUAAAAGAGGCUUAUUGGUGGGAAAACCUAGAGAGAAAAUUGUUAAAAUCGAAGAAAUGCUAAAAGUAGCUGGUGUGUGAUAAUAGCAUUAAAUGUUAACUAACAAUGGCAGAAGGUAUUUUUCUGCAGCAAUAAUUAAAUAGAAAAUUAAAGUACAUUAGACUAAUUGUUAAAGGGCUUUUGUUUAAGUUUUAGCCAAACUACUUCUUGAACAUUUAUUUUAUACAUUUUCAAAUUAAUUUGUUACAUUCUCCUAUAGUAAUUAUGUUUUUAUGCAUAAAUUAUAACACUAAAGUGUUCAAAGUUGUGAACUUAAAGUAAACUUAAGUUAUUAAUAAUAAAAAUAUAUAUUUUUUAUGUACAAUCUUAAA